AUGCUCUCUCCCUUCGGGAUGACAUCGCAGCCUACCUGUGGUGUUCCAUGGCUGGCCUCGACAUGGCCGCCGGCAGCCAUCCGUCUCGCUGGGUUGUUCGCAGUCUGGAUGCUCGCAGAUACGGCCUUGGCGCAAACAUUACCUUACACGCCGACAACAAUACUCCUCCCAGAUGCCAAUACCGUUCCACUACAGCAGAACAUCAGCUCAAAUAUUGCCUAUAUCUUCGCGCCUCGGGAUGACACCGUGGAGUUAUUAGCGCUCGACAUCGCGACAACUAUCAAAUCUUCAGCCCUGACAUUCCAGUCUCUGUCCGCCGAGCUGCCUUUCCUUACAAGCAGCAAUACUUCGUUCGCACCUACCAUCGCUGACAACGGUACUUUGGUCGUUUACGCUGGAGACUGCUUGUCGUCAGGCGACGCAAAUGUGUGGAAACUCGACCCUCCCAAGUCAGGUUCGUCGGCAACAUGGAUGCAGCAGACAACGACAUCUGGCACCACAUCUGGAUGGGCCGGGCCAGGAUCUCUUGGUGGCAGCAUAAGUUUCUCAACCACACUUGAGCCGGUGAUGGAAGCAGCCAGCAUUUACGUGUAUGGUGGCAUGUGUCCGAACGCCACCAUCAACGCAACCUCACCUCAAGCUCAAGCCGCCUAUUCAAACCAGAUGGUCAAACUCUCCCCUUCUGAGUCUGACAGCUCCGCCUAUACUGUCCAGUCAGUCGAGAACAAAGGUCCGCCGGUUCCCGAGGCAGGUUUUACUUUGACCGGAUUGUCUCCCUCCAUAUCGAAUAAAUCAGGAGUAGCGAGCCAGCAAGUCAACUACGUAUUAUUGGGCGGACAUACAAAGGCUGCCUUUGUGAACAUCAGUACUGCCGCAAUUUGGAGUUUACCCGAGGAAAGCUGGGGCUACGUAAGCAUCAGUACGGCGAGUUCUAGCUCAAGCAACACUGAACUGGCGAUAAAGAGCGCCACAAGCAUAGAUGCCCGCUCAGGCCAUACCGCUGUUUUGAAUGAGGAUGGUACGGCCUUGAUCAUGCUUGGUGGCUGGGUCGGGAGUACAUCUCAAGCCGCAUCACCGCAGCUGGCUAUUCUGGAGAUUGGAGUUGGCUAUGGCGGUAGCGGCGACUGGCAGUGGUCGGUCCCCGAGGAUCAGCCCAUAGGUUCUGGUAUCUACGGACAUGGUGCAGCACUUUUACCUGGAAACGUGAUGAUGGUCUAUGGAGGCUACGAGAUCAGCACCUCUGGAAGCACAUCAAAAAGACAAACAGGGAGCUCAAACGGCCUGCCCAUGUUCCUCAACCUUACAAGCAUGUCUUGGUCAGAAGACUAUACCAACCCUACUUACGCAUCCCAAGGCGGAGACGCAUCUGCUUCAUCUGGUGCGGAUGAUGCUGACAAGAGGCGUUUGGGCCUCGGUCUGGGGCUGGGACUAGGCUUGGGUGCAAUAUUAAUUGCCAUUCUGGUAUAUCUGCUCUAUCGGUGGCAUCAGCGAUGGAAGUACGCAGGGCGAGAAAAGGUUAUCCGGUCGCUCGCGCAGGAUACAUCCCAUUUCCUCCAAGAUGAACCAAUGAUGGAGAGAGAAGAUGAUCAAGGUUUCUGGUAUACAGGUGGUCACGAUCCCUACAUGACCGGUGGUCGGUCGCUAGGUUACGAGACCCUGCGCAGCGGGCGUGGAAGCAUGGACAUGAACCGCACUGUCUAUGAUCCUGUUCCAAUGCACAUCGCGCGAAAACCAGUUGCUCCAAGGGCGGCUCUGGGCCAGUACCAACCAACACCCUCCAGUGCGUACGAUCAUCCAUCAGGAAACCGUGGGCAGAGGUCAGGGGCGAUUCACCCAAUAUACGAAGCAGACGAAGAGGCACAUUCCAUCGAGGAACCCAAAACGCCGCUCCAAGAGUCAAAUCGCGACAGUGCCCAAUAUUCGGAUCCGUUCAUGACUCCAACAAACGAACGACCUCUAUCCCUUCCACCACCAAGUCGUGCAUCGUUAAGUCCAAGCCCUGAAGGGCGGCUUCGCACCGACCCCGAGGUGCAGGACUGGAUGUCAGAUGUUGAUGCCGCAGAUGCGCUACUUACAGGACGUAUGGCAACACAUAGCGCUGGUGGUACUGGGCGGAUAUCGCCGACGAGACGGAAUACCGGCAAGUCAACGCGGUCGGGCUACAAUGCCGACGACGAUUGCCGCACGAACAGCAACCUGUCGGACUCAAAUCGAAGUCAUAUUUCACGCUCCGGCUCAGGCCGCUCGUACCUCCGCACGGGAUUUGGCAUCGGUGCAGCCACCGCCGCUGCGGAAGGAAGGCAGGGUACAAGCAGUUCGGAUGGUAGCCAGCCUUCAUAUCACACGGCGAAAUCAAUCCCGGCUUUGCAGGCCGAGGGACCUUCACUCCUCAUGGGUAGGCCCGAUGGUGGCGAUGAGGAUGAUGUACCCGGCAGUCCCAGCAAGCUGAAGCCUCGCCGCGGGUGGUUGGGCAGUCUACGCCGGGUCUUCAGCGGAUCUACACCAUCUGCCUCGACCCCUGACAUCAGUGACAGGGACAGUCCCAUCAGAGACAGUAUGGCAGAAGCCUCGGAUUAUGACCCCAGGUUAGGUGGCCUUGGCAGUAUUGCUGCUGGGGGCAUGUUCAGAAGGAAGGGCGGCCGUGGUGCCUGGGAGGCCGGCGAUGAUGCCGAAGACGAUCUACCGCUUGGUAGAAGGACAGGCGUUAAUAGUGGUGAGUUUGAGGACGACUGGGAUAUCGAAAAGGCGGUCGAGAAAAGGUUGGUCCAGGUCAUGUUCACGGUGCCUAAGGAGCGCCUGCGUGUGGUCAAUGCCGAGCCCGACGUCGAAAGUGGAGAGAGCGUAGUGGUCAUCGACCCUGGCACUGAGGAAGAGCAAGUGCCUCAGAAGUACGAACUUCGGGACGACGCGCCCGCAGCCGCCAGGUCUAGCCAUGACUUCGAGCAUCACGAUGAAGAGGUGCUGGACAAGGGCAAGCAGAGAGAGACUAUCGAUUCAGGACUGGGUACGGAGUUGGGCACAUUUGAGGAGAGGCCUCUGCAUCGAGAGACGGUUGAUUCAGGCCUAGGAACGGAUAUCUUUUCGUCCAUUGAACGGCCGGUGUCAGGCGUAUCGGAAGGCUUGCUAAGCAUCGAGACGGACCAUGAUUUCGAAGCAUUGGACCCCCUCCUCGAUUCACCUCGUCAUUCCCCUACGUCCGGACAUAGCGAGUCACCUAUAAGGACCGCCGAGGUAGUCAAGUUGGAAACCCCCGGACGCCCAAAGACAAAGGUCCUAGCGAUGGUAGAGAACAUCGAGAGCCGGAGCCGGAGCGCAAGUCCCGAGCGGCCUUGA